AUGCUACGUCCCAGAAUACUUGAGAUGUUGCACGAAGGCAUGUCGGCAAUGAAAGCAGUUGCGCGAAGCUAUUUUUGGUGGCCUGGUUUAGAUGAAAAUAUAGAAAUGUUAGUCAGACGUUGUGAAAAGUGUGCAUGUAACAAAAAGAAUCCUUCAGUAGCGGCAGGUAAACCAUGGCCAGCAACGCUAAGGCCAUGGUCCCGGUUACAUAUUGAUUAUGCGGGACCCUUUAUGGGUACAAAUUUUUUUAUCGUCGUAGAUGCUCAUAGCAAGUGGGUAGAGGUAAAAAUAACCAGUACAAUAAAUGCGAUUAGAACAAUCGAGUUAAUGAGAGAAAUAUUUGCAACACACGGAAUACCAGAUACCAUUGUGUCCGAUAAUGGGCGAACGUUUGUGUCAGAAGAAUUUGAGAAAUAUUUAAAACUUAGCGGUAUAAAGCACAUACAUAUGGCACCGUAUCAUCCAUCGUCAAACGGGCAAGCAGAAAGGUUUGUACAAACCAUUAAUAAUCACCUUAAGAAAAUGCAGUCUUCAGACAUCAAUAAGAAUUUGGCAAAUAUACUUUUGCAUCUGCGUACAACUCCUAAUGCAAAUUCAAAUUCGAGUCCAGCAAAAAUCUUGAUGGGAAGGAAGUUGAAAACAUUGUUAGAUCAUUUGCACCCCAGUGAUGACAACACUCAGAAGCAGCUAAAUUUUGAUGAGUAUUCGCAGUUUCCAGUGUGGUGA